AUGGAGGUCGUGGGAGCCAUUGACCAGGGGACGCAGUCCACUAGGUUCUUCCUGUACAGUAAAGAUGCCAAACCCCUGGUCAGCCACCAGGUGCCGCUCACGCAGCACUCGCCGCAGCCGGGGUGGUGCGAGCAGGACCCCGCCGACAUCAUCGAGUCAGUCUACAAGGCCAUCGACGGCUGCAUGGCGGAGGCGAAGUCCAAGCUCGGGGACGUGAAGAUCGUGGCGAUCGGCCUCACCAACCAGCGCGAGACGACGGUGGCGUGGGACCGCAACACGGGCGCGCCCCUGUGCCGGGCGAUCGUGUGGCACGACACGCGCACGUCCGACAUCGCGCACCGCGCGUGCGACGCGUUCCUCACGGGCCACGAGCACUUCCGCGUGAAGACGGGCCUGCCUAUCUCAACGUACUUUUCCGCCCUCAAGAUCAAGUGGAUGAUGGAGAACGUCCCGGAGGUGGCCGCCGCCGUCGCCGAGGGCCGCUGCCUCUUCGGCACCGUCGACUCCUGGGUCGUCUACAACCUCACGGGGGGUGUCCACGUCACUGACGUCACCAACGCCUCCCGCACCCUCCUGAUGGGCAUCGAGUCCCUCGCCUGGGAGGAGGACCUGUGCAAGUGGUGGGGCGUCCCGAUGGAAACCCUGCCCCGCAUCGCGAGCUGCGCGGAGGAGCUCGGCCGCGUGGCGUCGGCGCGCGUGCCCCCCGCGCUGGCCGGCGUGCCCGUGGCGGGCUGCAUCGGCGACCAGCAGGCGGCGGCGCUCGGGCAGCGGUGCCACGAGGGGCAGGCGAAGUGCACGUACGGCACGGGGGCGUUCCUGCUGCUGAACACGGGCACGCGGCUGGUGCGGUCGAGGAACGGCCUCCUCACCACGCCUGCCUUCCAGCUGGGCAAGGGCGUCGCGGCGCAGUACGCGCUGGAGGGGGCGAUCGGCGUGGCCGGGCAGGGCAUCUCGUGGCUGAAGGACAACAUGGAGAUCAUCAGCAGCCCAGCGGAGUCGGAGACCCUCGCGGCCUCCGUGCCGGACUCGGGCGGCGUGUACUUCGUCCCGGCGUUCGGCGGCCUGCUCGCGCCGCACUGGCGCGACGACGCGCGCGGCGUCCUGAUCGGCAUGACCCUCAACACGCGGCGUGCGCACGUCGUGCGCGCCAUGCUCGACGCCAUCGCGAUGCAGACCCGCGAGGUCCUCGACGCGAUGCGGCUCGAUGCAGCCGCGGGCGGCGGCGCCGGCGCCGACCUGGACCAGCUGCGCGUCGACGGCGGAGCGACGGCGAACUCCCUGCUGAUGCAGAUCACUGCUGACGCGCUGGGGCACGCCGUGGUGCGGCCGGCGCACCAGGAGACGACGUCGCUGGGCGCGGCGUUUGCGGCGGGGCUCGCCGUCGGGUUCUACACCCCCGAGGGGGUCUUCAACCGGCGCGUCGAGGGGGACACAGUGUUCACGCCGCAGGUGAGCGACGCGCAGCGCGUGGCGAUGACGGCGGCGUGGAAGGUCGCGAUCGAGCGCUCGCUCGGCCUCGCGGACCUGGGGAAGGCCACGGCGGAGGCGGCGAAGAUGUGA